UGGACUCAAAUCGGGCGCUGCCAACGCGGAAUAUUUACAACUAAUUAAUAAUAAAAAUUUAAAUAUUAUAAUUAUUGUUAAAUACGUUCAAAAUUUAUUUGGUGCGUUUAAUGUCCGAACAGUGAGUCGCGAGUUUGGCUUGGAUUACAAAGCAGUCGAUCCCAACCAGCGAAGAUGGUUCAGUUCCUGGGAAAUCCGGGCGCCGCUGGUGAGCUCAUUCACAUGGUGACCCUGGACAAGACGGGCAAAAAGUCCUUCGGCAUUUGCAUAGUGCGAGGUGAGGUAAAGGACUCGCCGAACACCAAGACCACCGGCAUCUUCAUCAAGGGCAUUGUGCCCGACAGUCCGGCGCACCUGUGUGGUCGCUUAAAAGUGGGGGAUCGUAUCCUCUCGCUCAACGGCAAGGAUGUGCGUAACUCCACCGAACAGGCGGUCAUCGAUCUCAUUAAGGAGGCCGACUUCAAGAUCGACCUGGAGAUUCAGACCUUCGACAAGAGCGACGAGCAACAGGCAAAGGCAGAUCCGCGAAGCAAUGGCUACAUGCAGGCCAAAAACAAGUUUAACCAGGAGCAGACUCCCAACAGCAAUGCGGGUGGAGGUCAGGGAAUGGGGAUGGGUCAAGGUCAGGGUCAGGGAAUGGGCCAAGGAACGGGUGGCAUGAACCGGCAGCAAACGCUGCAGAAACGAAACACCACAUUUACGGCCUCUAUGCGACAAAAACAUAGUAGCUACGCUGAUGAGGAUGACGAGGAUACCCGAGACAUGACCGGUCGCAUUCGCACGGAGUCUGGCUAUGAGAUUGAUCGUGCCUCGGCCGGCAACUGCAAGCUCAACAAGCAGGAGAAGGAUCGCGACAAGGAACAGGAAGACGACUUUGGCUACACGAUGGCUAAGAUCAACAAGCGAUACAACAUGAUGAAGGAUCUGCGGAGGAUCGAGGUCCAGAGGGACGCCAGCAAGCCGAUAGGCAUUGCUCUAGCUGGACACAAGGAUCGCCAGAAGAUGGCCUGCUUUGUGGCCGGUGUGGAUCCAAACGGAGUGCUGGCCAGUGUGGAUAUCAAGCCGGGUGACGAGAUCGUCGAGGUCAACGGCAAUGUGCUGAAGAAUCGCUGCCACUUGAACGCCUCCGCUGUGUUCAAGAACGUGGAUGGGGAUAAACUGGUACUGAUCACCUCGCGACGCAAGCCCAACGACGAGGGCAUGUGCGUAAAGCCCAUCAAGAAGUUCCCCACAUCAUCCGAUGAGACCAAGUUCAUCUUCGACCAGUUCCCGAAGGCGCGCACAGUGCAAGUGCGCAAGGAGGGUUUCCUGGGCAUCAUGGUCAUCUACGGGAAGCACGCUGAAGUGGGCAACGGCAUCUUCAUCUCGGAUCUCAGAGAGGGCUCGAAUGCCGAGUUGGCGGGCGUGAAAGUUGGUGAUAUGCUGCUGGCCGUUAACCAGGACGUAACCCUGGAAUCCAACUACGAUGAUGCAACUGGAAUGCUAAAACGUGCCGAGGGCGUUGUGACUAUGAUACUGCUGACUCUCAAGAGCGAGGAGUCCAUUAAAGCGGAAAAGGAGGCGGAGGAAAAAAGGAAGGAGGAGGCAAGGAAAGAACAGGAGAAGCCGCAGGAGCCCGCCACAGCCGAGAUCAAGCCCAACAAGAAGAUACUCAUCGAGUUGAAGGUGGAGAAGAAGCCGCUGGGCGUCAUUGUCUGCGGCGGCAAGAACAACCAUGUCACGACUGGCUGUGUGAUUACACACAUUUAUCCCGAGGGAGUCGUGGCUGCCGACAAGCGCCUGAAGAUCUUUGACCACAUUUGCGAUGUGAACGGCAAUGCAACCCACGUGGGGAGCAUGACGACAUUGAAGGUCCAUCAGCUGUUCCACACCACCUACGAAAAGACGGUCAUGUUGACAGUCUAUCGCGCCGAUCCACCGGAACUGGAAAAGUUUAAUGUGGACUUCAUGAAGAAGCCCGGCAAGGAGCUGGGUCUCUCACUCUCACCCAACGAACUUGGAUGCACCAUCGCGGAAGUAAUACAAGGCCAGUACCCGGAGAUCGACAACAAACUGCAGCGCGGCGAUAUCAUUACCAAACUCAAUGGCGAUGCCCUGGAGGGCCUCCCGUUUCAGGUGUGCUAUGCCUUGUUCAAGGGAGCCAACGGCAAGAUAUCGAUGGAGGUGACUCGACCCAAGCCCACUCUGCGCACCGAGGCUCCCAAGGCCUAGACAUGAUCUUCCGGUACCGAAGCGUGGCAGCUUUCAAUAAAAGAUCCGACAGUUCUAAUUCAAAACAA